AUGGCUGAUACAUCAACAGUAACUGACUUGACAAAAGUUCUUGUGGCUCAGUUUUUGAAAAAGAAUGGUUACACAACGACAUUGAAACACUUUCUAACUGAGUCGUUCUUACCGAGAACGAUAUUGGAUAAUAACGAAUCCGAUGGCCUUAUCUAUGAAGAUUUAGAGAGUAUCAUUAGUGACAGAGUUCAAUAUAAUGAGUAUAUGAUUCAUGAAAAGUUACAAACUCUUUCAAUCAAUAAUGACAAGAACAAAGAUGAACCGGAAUCGAUUACGAUUAAAUAUGCUGGUAUUUUACCAUCUUGGGAUCAUAAUUUAAAAUUUUCAGAGAUAAAUAAGGGCUCAAUUUUAGAAACACUAACAAUUAAUGCUACGUUUUCAGAAAACAGUCAGCCAAUACUAUCCACAUCAAAUAAACAACUUGUCAUUAAAGAUGCAAAUUUACAGACAGUUAAAUUUGUAGAAUCUCCAACUAAACCAAAGAGUAUUAUCAAGCUGUGUGGUUCAAUACCUUGGAAGAAUUUAAAUUAUGCAUGUGGUAUUGAUGGAUCAUUUUAUUUAUUAGAUUCCAAUUUUAAUAGCAUCGAAAAGGCCAUCUUUAAAUUACAUUCUAGAUUAAUUAGCCAUAUUCAAUUUUUUGUGAAUGCAGAAAACAAUAUCUGCUAUAUUGCAACAGCUGGCGCUGAUAAUUUCGUAAAACUUCACACGCUUUCGAUCUUUGCUGUUUCAAGCUCUGAAAAUAAAUAUAUUAUUAAUACAAUUGGUGAAAUUAAAAUUCUAUCGAUGUGCUUAUCUUUACGGUUAAUUCAGAAUAACGAGGAAAAUAAAACAACGCCUCUUAUUUUAAUUACCAGAACAGAUUACACUCAUCUAUUGUGUUAUUCUGUUGAUGACAUAAAUGUUACAAAACCAUCUUUAGAACUGUAUUAUCAAAUCGCAUUGAAUAAUACACAAUUUAGUACUCAUUCUUUCAAUAUAAGAGAUAUGCUAGUAUUACCCAGAAAGAACGGUACUAACGGCUACGUAGCUUUAGCUACCUCUCAUAUUCCCUUUAUGCGUAUUAUCGUAGUAAAACUCCCCAAGAUAAGUAGCCAAGAAGAUAUCAAGAGUAAUCAAUCUUCAAUUACAGGCAUCUCUACUUUCUAUAAACAAAUUAUUAUUAAUAUGGCUACCACGAUCCCACAAACUUCUUAUUCUCAGCCCAUAUUAAAAUCCUUAUCCUUGCAAAAUGGAUUGGUUGUUGGGAAUGAUGAAGGGUUAUAUGCAGUAGAUUUAUUAAAGCAGGAUUCUUGGAAAUUAAAUACAAUCUAUGACAAUUCAAUAGUGAAAUCGAUGGAUAUUAACCGCGAUCAAGAUAAAUUGAUCAUUGCAUAUACCGACAAGAGUAUUCAUUUGUACGAUAUUAAUAAAUAA